UUGCUAGGCGGAAAGUGGUGGCGGUGGUGGAAUAUAAGGCUCAUGUGAUCUGUCACAUGACAGUAGACCUGCGGAAGGGCAGAAUGGGACUCCAAGCCUGCCUCCUAGGGCUCUUUGCCCUCAUCCUCUCUGGCAAAUGCAGUUACAGCCCGGAGCCUGACCAGCAAAGGACGCUGCCCUCAGGCUGGGUGUCCCUGGGCCGUGCGGACCCUGAGGAAGAGCUGAGUCUCACCUUUGCCCUGAGACAGCAGAACCUGGAAAGACUCUCGGAGCUGGUGCAGGUUGUGUCGGAUCCCAGCUCUCCUCAAUACGGAAAAUACCUGACUCUAGACCAUGUGGCUGAUCUGGUGAGGCCAUCCCCACUGACCCUCCACACAGUGCAAAAAUGGCUCUUGGCAGCUGGAGUCCGGAACUGCCGUUCUGUGAUCACACAGGACUUUCUGACUUGUUGGCUGAGCAUCCGACAAGCAGAGCUGCUGCUCCCUGGGGCUGAGUUUCAUCACUAUAUGGGAGGACCUGCAGAGACCCAUGUUGUAAGGUCCCCACAUCCCUAUCAGCUUCCACAGGCCUUGGCCCCCCAUGUGGACUUUGUGGGGGGACUGCACCGUUUCCCCCCGACAUCAUCCCUGAGGCAACGUCCUGAGCCACAAGUGGCAGGGACUAUAGGUAUACAUCUGGGGGUGACCCCAAAUGUGAUCCGUAAGCGAUAUAACUUGACCGCACAAGACGUGGGCUCUGGCACCAGCAAUAACAGCCAAGCCUGUGCCCAGUUCCUGGAGCAGUAUUUCCGUGACUCAGACCUGGCUGAGUUCAUGCGCCUCUUCGGUGGCAACUUUGCUCAUCAGGCAUCAGUAGCCCGCGUGGUUGGACAACAGGGCCGGGGCCGGGCUGGGAUUGAGGCCAGUCUAGAUGUGCAGUACCUGAUGAGUGCCGGUGCCAACAUCUCCACCUGGGUCUACAGUAGCCCUGGCCGGCAUGAGGGACAGGAACCCUUCCUGCAGUGGCUCAUGCUGCUCAGUAAUGAGUCAACCCUGCCACAUGUGCAUACUGUGAGUUAUGGAGAUGAUGAGGACUCCCUCAGUAGCGCCUACAUCCAGCGGGUCAACACUGAGCUCAUGAAGGCCGCCACUCGGGGUCUCACCCUGCUCUUCGCCUCAGGUGACAGUGGGGCUGGGUGUUGGUCUGUCUCUGGAAGACACCAGUUCCGUCCUUCCUUCCCUGCCUCCAGCCCCUAUGUCACCACAGUGGGAGGCACAAGCUUCCAGAAUCCUUUCCGCAUCACAAAUGAGAUUGUUGACUAUAUCAGUGGUGGUGGCUUCAGCAAUGUGUUCCCACGACCUUCAUACCAGGAGGAAGCUGUAGCCAAGUUCCUGAACUCUAGCCCCCACCUGCCACCAUCCAGUUACUUCAAUGCCAGUGGCCGUGCCUACCCAGAUGUGGCUGCACUUUCCGAUGGCUACUGGGUGGUCAGCAACAGUGUGCCCAUACCAUGGGUGUCUGGAACCUCGGCCUCUACUCCAGUGUUUGGGGGGCUCCUAUCCUUGAUCAAUGAGCACAGAAUCCUCAGUGGCCGCCCCCCUCUUGGCUUUCUCAAUCCAAGGCUCUACCAGCAGCAUGGGGCAGGACUCUUCGAUGUAACCCAUGGCUGCCAUGAGUCCUGUCUGAAUGAAGAGGUGGAGGGCCAGGGUUUCUGCUCUGGCCCUGGCUGGGAUCCUGUGACAGGCUGGGGAACACCCAACUUCCCAGCUUUGCUGAAGUCUCUACUCAACCCCUGACCCUUUCCUAUCAGGAGAGGUGACUUGUCCCCUGCCCUGAAGCUGGCAGUUCAGUACCGUAUUUUGCCCUGUUGGAAGCCCUGCUGAACCCUCAGCUGCACACUGAUGCAGACAACUUAUCUCCCUAACCCUGAAAUGCUGUGUGCUUGACUUGACUCUCAACCCUACCAUGCUCCAUCAUACUCAGGUCUCCCUACUCCUGCCUUAGAAUCCUCAAUAAGAUACUAUAACUACCAUUUUUUGAAUGCCUCUUCCCCCACAGCUCAUCUUCCUCUUUCAAUCAGGCUUUUCCAAAGAGUUGUAUACAGACUCUGUGCACUAGUUCACUUCAUAAUCACUCCUCAAUUCAUUGCAAGGAGAGCUCUACUCUCACCUUUUACUCUUUCCUAUCCUGACAUCCAGAAACAAUGGCCUGCAGUGCAUACUUCUCAAUCUUUGCUUUAUGGCCUUUCCAUCAUAGUUGCCCACUCCCUCUCCUUACUUAGCUUUCAGGGCUUAACUUCUCUGACCACUGUUAUCUUUCUCCUUCAUCAGCUUCUGCUUCUUCAUGGAAUGCUGAUCUGCAUUGCUCCAUUCGUAGGGUUUUGCUUUUCUCAGUUUACUCAUUGUCCCCUGGAACAAAUCACUGACAUCUACAACCACUAUCAUCUCACUAAAUAAGACUUUCUAUCCAAAAGUGAUUGACACCCCAAAUUUAAGACGUGUGAUACUCAACAUUUCAUCUUCCACCUUCCCAACCCCAAACAAUUCCAUCUCUUGUUUCUUCUUGGCAAAUGAUGCUAUGCUUUUUCCAACCAAGCCAGAAACCCAUGUCAUCUUUCUACUCCACCUUCAAUCAACAAGUCCUACUGACUGUACCUCUUAAAUAUAUCUUCAUCAGUCCACAAGUCCUUCCAAUUAUAUUUCCCAAAUAUAUCUAGAACUUAUCCACUUCUAUCCCCACUACUACUACAUUUUUUAGGGCCAUGUUCUCCUGGAAAAACAAACAAACAAAAAACAACAACAAAAAAGUGUUCUUCCUGCCAACCCCAAACCAUCUUCCAGAGUAAAAUGCAAAUCCCAUCAGGCCACUUGAUGAAAACCCUUCAAGGAUUACUGGAUAGAGUUCAGGCUUUUUUAUUUUUCCAAUCAUAGUUCACAAACCUUCCUUGCUAUUUGUUCCUAAGUAACAAAUCAUUUUUCCUCCUCCCUCCCCAAACUCCUAGAACUCUCACUCUUGCUCAAGCUGCUCCGUCCCCUUAACACCACCACCCUUGAUAAAAUUGCCUCGUUAAUUUCCAGAAUUCUUGCAAGACUCAGCUCAGAAGUCACCUUCUGUCAUGAAUGCUUUGAUUCCCUGAGGCUACUUUAUUUUGGUAUGCGUAAAAAAACCCCUAGAUUUUCUAAACAAAACCUCUUUGAAUCUUGGUUCUGAAAUGGACGAGGAGACCGACUGGGUCAAGUAAGUUUAACACCCUGAAGCUGUUUCCUCGUCUGUUAAGUGGGAAUAUCAAUACCUGCCUUUCAUAAUAACGAGGAAAUAAAGUGAAAUAACGUUGAUACGAAUGCUUGGGACCUGGGAGUAGGUAGCAGAUGUUAACGCCCUUCCUCCCUUGCACUGCACCCCCUGUGCCUACCUCUAGCAUUGUAACAUCCACAUAGUAUUGAAAUGGCCAGUUUACUUGUUUGGCUUCCUUUCCAAGACCGCUGGUGCCUAGAGGACUAGAAUCACGUCCUAUUUAACUGUAAUCCCCAGACCCUAGCUCAGGAGUUGGCAAAUAAGAAUUAAAUGUCUGCUACAUUGAAAA